AUGUCUACAGUUGUUGAGGAGGAGGCUCUCAAAAAACCCACUGGUGAUGACAAUGAUCCGCAAGAUGCCUAUGAGUACUUUCACUCAAGGGAUUCUAAGGCCAUACUGUACAUUCUUGGAUCAGUUGACAAAUCGAUCACUAACUCUAUGAAAGGCAUAAUCUUUGCCAAGGGUAUGAUGGAUAAGCUCAAGGAGCUUUUCAGUCAGACUGACGUGCACGAGCAUCAUAAGCUUGUUGGUCUUAUCCAUAACACCAAGAUGAUGAUAGGGACUCCAGUAAUCAAUCAUGUGAUGAAGAUUCGAAAUCUAUUCAAGAAGCUGGAAUCCCUGGAUACUUCCUUCACUCUUAAAUAUAAGAGAAAUGUGAUUCUGAACUCUCUCCCCUCAACCUAUAGCUCAUUUAUCUACAAUUUCAACAUGAACAAAAUAGAUGUUAAAUUGACUGAGCUAGGCAAUAUGUUGCAAGAGGCGGAGAAAGCUCAAAAGAAGGAAAAGGGUAAAGUCAAUGCUAUAUAA